CUGGCAGGGUCGGGCCCGCCCACCCCCAGGACCCCAGGUUCAGGAUGGGUGGCGGAGGUUUUGCCGGGUCCCCCGGCUGGAGGACGGUGGGGCCGGGCCACUUCGCCCCGCGCCGCCCCGCGCCUGGCACUGGGCAUGCCCCGGGCGCUUCUAUAUAAAGCGGCGCCGCCUCGGCCGGGCGCUGUGCCGCCGCCGCCGCCGCCGAGUCCCGCCGGGUCCGCGCCGCCCGCCGAGCCCGGCAGAGCCCCGCCGAGCCGCUGCCGCCCGCCAGUCUCUUCCAUCAGUCUGUCAGCCUCUCCACCUGUGAGAUGCUGUCCCUGGAUCCGCUGGGUCCCGAGUGUGACUCCCCCCUGGACUCCAAGGACCUGGAAGAAGAGGAGGGCCCAUGGGGUGGGGGCUCUGGCCUGCCACCCCCAGGCUGCUUCCAUGGUUCCUGGCGCCAUGACGUGGCCCUGGACUGCAAGGGCUCCCCCGAGGGGGCGGAGGCCCGGGCCUGGACUGUCUACUACUACAGUCUCCUGCAGAGCUGUCUGCAGCAAGCUGGCCUUCCGGAGACCCAAGACCGCAGCCAGGUGCCCCGCACAGGCUGUCCUGGGGCGGAGGUGACCUUGUGCAUUCUGGGAUCGCCCAGCACCUUUCUGUCUCUGCUGCUGGAGGGUGGGGUCCAGAGCCCGGGAAACAUGCUCCUUUGCCUGUCCCCUGCCUGGCUGACAAAGGUGCCAGCACCAGGGCAGCCAGGCGAGGCAGCCCUGCUGGUCUCCAAGGCUGUGAGCUUCCACCCGGGGGGCCUGACAUUCCUGGACGAUUUUGUCCCCCCUCGCCGCGCCACCUACUUCCUGGCAGGCCUGGGGCUGGGGCCUAGCCGGGGUCGAGAGGCAGCUGAGCUCGCUCGCGACCUGACCUGCCCCACAGGAGCCUCAGCCGAGCUGGCCCGGCUGCUGGAGGACCGGCUGCUGACGAGGCGAUUGCUAGCUCGGCAGGGUGACGUGGCUGUACCAGCUACCCUGGCUUUCACCUACAAGCCGCCAGCACUGCUGAGGGGAGGGGAUGCCAGCCCGGGACUACGGCUGGUGGAGCUGAAUGGCAAAGAGGGCCAAGAGACACUGGUGAAGGAAGAAGUAGGGGCUUUUCUGCACUCUGAGGCCCUGGGUGAUGCCCUGCAGGUAGCCAUGAAGCUCAGUGGCUGGCGCUGGAGGGGGCGGCAGGCAAUGCGUCUGUAUCCCCGAGCUGAGCUGGGCCCAGUGGUGGACACAGUGCUGGCAUUGCUGGAGAAAUUAGAGGAGGAGGAGAGUGUCCUGGUGGAGGCUGUAUGCCCACCUGCCCGGCUGCCCUUCCCAGGCAGCCCCCUGCCUGGCCCUGAGCUGGCUCUGCGUAUCUGUGCUGUGGUCUGUCGGACACAGGGUGACAAGCCCCUGCUGAGCAAGGUGGUGUGCAGCGUGGGCCGUGGGGACCGGCCUCUGCGGCACCAGAGCUCCUUGCCACGGACGCUGGAGGCGGCGCUGGCCCAGUGCGGCCUGGGUGAGGCUUCGCAGGUGGCAGUCGUGCGGCAGCGCGUCAAGGCGGCGGCCGAGGCCGCGCUAGCCGCCGUGCUGACCCUGGAGGCCAGCCUGAGCGCUGAGCAGCGCGGCGGGCGCCAGGUCCGCACUGACUUCCUCGGGGUGGACUUCGCCCUGACGGUGGCCGGCCGCGCGCUGACCCCCGUGGCCCUGGAGCUGAACGGAGGCCUGUGUCUGGAGGCGUGUGGCGCGCUCGAAGGGCUGUGGGCCGCGCCGCGCCCGGGGCUGGCAGCCGAGGAGGCGGCGGCCGCGCCGCUGGUGGAGACGAUGCUGCGGCGCUCGGCGCGCUGCCUCAUGGAGGGAAAACAGCUGCUGCUGCUCGGCGCGGGCGGUGUCAGCAAGAAGUUCGUGUGGGAGGCGGCGCGCGACUACGGGCUCAAGCUGCACCUGGUGGACUCAGACCCCAACCACUUUGCGUCCCAGCUAGUGCAGACCUUCAUCCACUUCAAUAUAACAGAGCACCAGAGGGAUGAGGAGAACGCACGGGUGCUGGCGGAGCUGGUGCGGGCACGCGGCCUGCAGCUAGACGGCUGCUUUUCCUACUGGGAUGACUGCCUGGUGCUCACGGCCUUGCUCUGCCAGGAGCUGGGUCUGCCCUGCAACCCGCCAGCCGCCAUGCACGUGGCUAAGCAGAAGAGCCGCACCCAGCUGCACUUGUUGUGCCACCAUGGCCCACCCUGGCCUGCACCCUCCCUCUAUGCUGUGCCCUGCUGCCCAUUGGAGAGCGAGGCCGACGUGGACAGGGCUGUCCGCCAGGUGCCCCUGCCAGGUGUCAUGAAGCUGGAGUUUGGGGCGGGUGCAGUGGGUGUACGGCUGGUGGAGGACGCGUCACAGUGCCACGAGCACUUUUCCCGGAUCGCCCGAGACCUGCAGGUCGAGGCCGACCACCCCGGCAUCGGGCUGGGCUGGGGCAAUGCCAUGCUGCUGAUGGAGUUCAUCGAGGGCACCGAGCACGACGUGGAUCUGGUGUUGUUUGGGGGGAGACUGCUGGCUGCCUUCGUCUCCGACAAUGGCCCCACACGGCUGCCUGGCUUCACUGAGACAGCGGCCUGCAUGCCCACUGGGCUGGCACCAGAGCAGGAGGCGCAGCUGGUGCAGGCAGCCUUCCGCUGUUGCCUGGGCUGCGGGCUGCUGGAUGGGGUCUUCAACGUGGAGCUCAAGCUGACUAGGGCUGGGCCGCGGCUCAUCGAGAUCAACCCCCGCAUGGGUGGCUUCUACCUGCGAGACUGGAUCCUGGAGCUUUAUGGUGUGGACCUGCUGCUCGCUGCUGCUAUGGUGGCCUGCGGCCUGCGGCCUGCCUUGCCUGCCCACCCACGCGCCCGUGGCCACCUGGUGGGUGUCAUGUGCCUGGUGUCCCAGCAUCUGCAGGCGCUGAGUUCCACCGCCAGCCGCGAGACCCUACAGGCUCUUCAUGACCAGGGCCUGCUGCGUCUCAAUCUGCUGGAGGAGACCCUUGUGCCUGGAGAAUACGAGGAGCCCUACUGCAGUGUGGCCUGUGCUGGGCCCAGCCCGGCCGAGGCCCGUCUCCGCCUGUUGGGCCUCUGCCAGGGCCUGGGCAUCGACGGGCCCCACUAUCCCGUUGCCUACUUCUUGUCCCACUUCAAAUAGUGCUGGGGCCACAGGGCAGGGGCAAAGUGCUGGAGGGAAUGCGGUGGUGCCCUCUGCUCCCCGGUGCUCUCCCUGCUUCUCUUCCCAUGGCCCUGCCCCAACCGUUGGAGAGGUCUGGUCCCCUCCAAGGCCCCAGGUCUGUUCCAGAGCGGCAGGGCUAUUCUGACACCACGGCCUCCUGGACUUGAGGAGCCACAAAAGAAGUAGCUGGUGGGCUGCUUGUCCUCCCGAAGGCCCCAGUCCAGCCCGUAGCUUCCCAGGACUCUAGUCAUGGAGAAGCAACAACAGCUGCACACACGCGCACACACACACACACACACACACACACACACACACACACAACACACACACACACACACACACACACACACACACACACACACACACACACACACACACACACACACACACACACACACCCCGUGCCCCCAGGUUAGUUCCAGUGGGCCCAAACCCAGCCCAUCCAUCCCACCCCUCCAGGUCUGUCUCUUCCUGCUGCCUACAGGAGAGAACCUGGCCUCUGCCUUUGGACAAAUCCCAAGAAAAUCUGAGACUAAACCCCUCGUCCUCCUACUCUCCCUCAUUUAACAAAUUCUAGAUAGUUCUGGAGCCUGCUGACAAUGUUUGGCAGUGCCCCACGUGCCUCAUUUGGCCUGAGCAGUAGAAGCAGAUGACUUGGGGUCAGUAGUAACCAUCUCCCCUUCAGGCAGACACUAUUGCCCCAUUCUACAGAAAAGGAAACAGGCUCAGAGAGGAAAAGCCACUGCCUCAAUGUCAUACCACAGCGGAUGAAGAGUCGAGGGACAAGAUGCAAGGUCCAGGUUUCUGCUUUUACUAAGUUGUACCUGCCCACUCAGCUUCCAGGCCCCACUCACCUCCUAUAUGUGGCCCUGAGACAUGUGAACACCCCUCCCGUGCACUAUGCACCUUAUCCACCAAGCUUUGGUGCUUUGGCCUCAGGCACACCUAACUAGCAUUGGCAGAGGAGACUCUACACUCCCUUCCUCAUUCAGGGGAGGCUGCUUUAAGAACUCUGCCUCUGUGCUGCACAGGAGCUGUGGACAGCUCCAUAAGCGUCCCUCUCCAAAUAAAGGCUUAUGGACUAGUGAAACGUC